AUGGAAGUCAGAGUGGCUCACAUCGUAGCAGUGCAGCGUUUUACGCUAGAAGGUAGAACACAUGAAAACCAGAACAUCAGAGGUCGGAGAUUCGCCCUACUAACCGACGAUGCGAGUUCAUUACUGGACGUUUCAACGGACGGAAACCUCUUAAAGUCAUCAUCGGACAACAGUACAACAUCACCAACAACACCAGCUAACAACAACAACAGCAGAACGAGUUUGCUCAGUUCCCAAUCUGGAUUGGGAGCACUGACGGAGCGUGCUUCAUCCAGAGGAUCCAGCAGAUCCGCCAAUGUCCUCCAAUCUCUUUUCAACCCUUUUGUAAGGGAAAGAAAUGGGAGUAAACAAAGCCAAGACAAAACGGACCAACUGAAUGACUUCCUGACCACCUACACACUCGUCUCCCUGCCCCACCUACCCGAUUCUAUCACCAGGGGACGACUCAAGUUCAACCCCAACAGCCUCUACAUGGAGAGUCACUGGACGGACAUUGUUGUUGGUCAUGAGAAGUUUAACAAGAGGGAGCGCGAUCAGCAGGAAGUUAUAUGGGAGAUGUUGACGACCGAGGUAGAGUAUAUCCGCAAGCUCAAAGUCAUCAUUGAUCUUUUUUACAGCUGUCUGAUACACUUGCAGUCCAACCAACUUCUCACUGAGAUUGAAAUUGACAAAGUUUUCAGCAACAUUUACGAGGUCUUCAACGCCACGAACCAUUUCUGGAGUUGUCACAUGAUCCAACUGCUGAAGGAUAGUCGACAAAAACGGGAGCAACUCAAUUUCUGCCUACUCAAAUCCGGAUUUGGAAUCCCAGCCAGCAUUAACACGGGACAUCUUAAUUAUUUAAUAUCCACCGUGGCGCAACUGAAGUUAUGCCCUUCUAAGCAGAGACAUCUCUACCUAAUGAGAAUAAAUGAUGGCAGUUUUGUCUUUGACACCAUCUUCAAACCGUACAUCGAGUAUUGCUUGGAUCAAGAGAAAUGUAGGGACUAUUUGAAGACAAAAAUGAAAGAGAACGAGCUAUUUCGUACUUUCAUUACGAGAAUCACCCGCUAUGCCCUGCUGCUUGGAGCCCUCAAAAAAACUUUGGAAAAGAUGGAGAGGAACGCAGACGUGAAGCAGAAAAUUGAGGAUAUCACGAAAAUGGUUGGCUUGUGUUUUUUUGUUGUUGUGGUUGUUGGGGGGGGCGCAUCUCUCAUACUGAGCGCACUUCACCACUACACUUACUGCAACAUCAUCUACAUCGAUGCUCGCCACUUUCAGUUGGAACAGGUGGAUAGUUUCGUGGUGAAGGUCAAUGGAGUGAUGCGACAGAGGCAAGAGCACAUCCAGCUCUCCACUAUGAUGAGUCGGAUUGAUUCGUACGAUGUCGUCGAAGUCCCAUCAGAUGAGUGUUCAUCUAUCGUCAGCCAGCACUGCAAACUGGAUUUGACUAUGCCAGUGCCUGGAUGUGGUCAUCACGUGACGAGGAAGAUCUUAUUCGAAGGCAGUCUGAAGUUGAAGGACACUUAUAAUAAAAUGGACGUCUACUGCUUCCUGUUUACUGACAUGCUGCUGAUUACAAAGCCAUCGACAAGGAGGGGUGACAGGGUAAAGGUCAUCAAGCCGCCCAUGAGACUGGACAAGAUAGUUGUCCAGAGCAUGCGAGACGUUGGUCAGUUUGGAGAUUUUGGAUAUCUUGAGUGA